AUGACCGAUGGUAGCACCAUUGGUUUGGUUGUGUCACUCGUUCUAAACGUCGUCGGUAUUAUUGUUUCGUCGGCCCAGUUCAGUGAAAUGUGUUCCUCACUUUGCGUAUGUGACACUUGGUACGAGCUGAAGCGUGCUUCUUGCACAGGUCGCCAUCUUUACAGCAUAGAUGCAGGUACGCCAAACAGUGUGCAAGCGUUGGACUUGUCGGAUAAUGUCGUAUCUUCUCUGAACAAUUUCGAGCUGGCGAAUGCAGGUCUGACAAGAUUAAAGUAUCUUAAUCUAUCGACGAAUACAAUCAGUGAGGUUGAUUUGAAUGCUUUCCACGGACUUGCUGAAUUAACCGUUUUAGAUUUGUCAAAGAAUCAUUUAUAUUCUAUUCCGGACGACGCCUUCGUAGAAAAUACGAAUUUACGAAUUUUAAAGUUGUCCAGAAAUAACUUCAAUGCCCAUGUGCCGAAAUUACGGUCGCCUUCGCUUGCGGAGCUGAGCUUGGAUUCAUGUCAGAUUAGUCAUUUACCUCCAGACACGUUCAAUGGACUCAUACGUGUCCGUCAUCUCGAUCUUUCGAACAAUAUGAUGAUUCAGAUGAGCGGCGCUAUCGUGCAGACACUGCCUUUUUUGAAGGAGUUAUCGUUAGAAGGAAAUCCAUGGUUUUGCAACAGAAUUAUGAAUGAUUUCCACGUGUAUCUUGUACACAAAGGUAUAGAAUUCCAUAAAGUUUGCGGUAAGAACAGUCCAAAGAAAUUUGAAAAGAUAAUUCUUGCACCUGUAAAAAAGCAACCGAAUUACCAUCGCUCGGCAAUUGCGAAUGCAACGAUUGUGAAGACUACAUCGAUAAUCAAGUGCAAUGUUACGAGUCACUCGAACAAUAAGAAUCAAUCGACAGACGGUGCAACGAUGCAACAAAAGCGUAUUAUGAAUUCGUAUACGUUUCUUGUUGUCGGUUUUCUACUAGGUGUCGCAACUGGAAUGAUUAUUUCUUACAUGUGGCUGUCGGGAAAAUAUAUAUGUAGCCAAUGUUGGAGACGUGAGAAUAAUGAUCGUUCCCAAAGACUCUCUCUCUUGUCGAAUCCAUAUUUACAAAAUAAUAUCGACAGCAAUACAAGUCUAACAGGAUCUUGUCCCGGUACUCCUCCACCAGCCUAUCGGGAAGUUAUGCUCCGACCGAGCCUUUAUCAUUGCCUGUCGAGGACAUCAAAUUUAAAUAACAAUAGUACAGAAUCGAGAGGGAGAUACGCGUAA